CCGGCACCAGGCUUCUAACUCAGCACUUCUGCUGAAGAAGUCGGAAGUUGUUUCCUGUGCUGCGGUGUGUUUUCAGCCGUGAGGACGUUGGAAGUUGGCUCCUGGGCUGCGGUGUGUUUUCCGCUGUGGAGAGAGCGUAGACAACCUCGGCAGCCGCAUCAUGAAUUCAUUGACCUAUGAUGACGUGCAUAUCAACUUUACUUGCAAAGAGUGGGCUUUGCUGGAUGCUUCCCAGAAGAGACUCUACAAAGAUGUGAUGCUGGAAACCUACAGUAACCUUACUGCUAUAGGCUACAAAUGGGAAGACCAUAAUAUCGAAGAACAUUGUCAAAGAUUUCGAAGACGUGGAAGGCAUAAAAGAAGUCGUACUGAAGAGAGACCCUAUGAAUGUAAGCAAUGUGGUAAAGCCUUUUCCCAUCGAUGUUAUCUCCAUAACCAUGAAAGAAGACAUACUGGAGAGAAACCCUAUGAAUGUAAUCAAUGUGGAAAAGCCUUUGCAAAUCGAAGUCAUCUCAACAUUCAUAAAAGGUGCCACACUGGAGAGAAACCCUAUUCAUGUAAUCAUUGUGGAAAAGCCUUUUCACAACAGAGUCAUCUCAACAUUCAUAAAAGAAUCCAUACUGGAGAGAAACCCUAUCAAUGUAAUCAAUGUGAAAAAGCUUUUACAGAUUACACUCAUCUUAGAAGACAUGCAAUAAUUCAUACUGGAGUGAAACCCUAUGAAUGUAAACAAUGUGGUAAAGCCUUUUCAAAACAUGGUAGUCUCCAAACACAUAAAAGAACUCAUACUGGAGAGAAACCCUAUCAAUGUAAUCAUUGUGGAAAAGCUUUUGCAGAUUACAGUUAUGUUAAAUUACAUGAAAGAACUCAUACUGGAGAGAAACCCUAUGAAUGUAAGCAAUGUGGGAAAGCCUUUUCACAACGGAGUCAUCUCCAAAUUCAUAAAAGAACCCAUACUGGAGAAAAACCCUAUGAAUGCAAGCAAUGUUAUAAAACUUUUGCAAAUUGCAGUGCUCUUAAAAUACAUGACAGAACUCAUACUGGAGUGAAACCGUAUGAAUGUGAUCAAUGUGGGAAAGCCUUUUCACACCACAAUAGUCUCCAAACACAUAAAAGAACUCAUACUGGAGAGAAACCCUAUCAAUGUAAUGAAUGUGGGAAAGCCUUUGCAAAACACAGUGGUCUCCAAUCGCAUAAAAGAACUCAUACUGGAGAGAAACCCUAUGAAUGUAAGCAAUGUGGGAAAGCCUUUUCACAAUGGAGUCAUCUCAAAAUUCAUAAAAGAACUCAUAUUUGAGUGAAAACCUAAGAAUGUGAUUAAUGUGGGAAAGACUUUUCAGAUUACAAUAGUCUCCAAGCACAUAAAAUAAUUCAUAAUCAGUAGAAACCCUAUGAAUCUAAUGAAUGUGGUAGAGUGUUUUCAGAAUACAGUGGUCU